AUGUCGAACCCCCGCGUUGAAGAGCUUCCCGAUGAGGAGCCCAAGAAGACCGUUGUCGAGGAGCACGAUGACAGCAGCGACGAGUCCGAGGCUGAGGAGGUCGGCGAGGGCCAGCUGCCCGCCGGCUCUACUGUGAUCCACAACCGCAACGAGAAGAAGGCUCGCAAGGCCCUCGAGAAGCUGCACCUUACCCGCAUCCCUGGCAUCACCCGUGUCACUCUUCGCCGCCCCAAGAACAUCCUCUUCGUUAUCAACAGCCCCGAGGUCUACAAGUCUCCUAACAGCAACACCUACAUUGUCUUCGGUGAGGCCAAGAUCGAGGAUGUCAACGCCGCCGCCCAACAAGCCGCUGCCCAGCAGCUCGCCAGCGCCAACGCCGAGGCUGACCACGCCGGCCACAACCACGGCGAGCCCAGCAAGGCUGCCGAGUCCGCCGAGGCCAAGAAGGAGGACAACGAUGAGGAUUCUGAUGAGGAGGAGGACGACGAUGAGGAGGUCGAUGCCACAGGCCUGGAGGAUAAGGACAUUGAGCUUGUCAUGACCCAAGCCAGUGUCAGCCGCAACAAGGCAAUCAAGGCAUUGAAGGAAAACGACAAUGAUAUCGUCAACUCCAUCAUGGCUCUAAGUAUCUAG